AUGGAAAGUCAGGCGAUAAAAGCAGCUGAUCAACCACGACCUCAAUGGUAUUGGAAAUCAAAUCCUGAUCCAUGGUCAACAAAUGGAAAUGAAGAAUGGACACAAUAUUCUGAUAUCGAAUCAGCGAUUAUCGAAGAAGCAUUUAAUCAAAAGAAUAAAACGAAACUAGUUGAACUGGAUAAUUAUUCGAUUAACUUAAACGAUUCCAUUCAAAUCAGUAAAUCGGAUCCAAAUAAACAACAGCCAAUAAAACGGGUUCUAACUAGUAGAAACGAAAGUCAAGGUUUAAGAGAAGAAAGAUUCUUUCUCACACCAGAAUUGAGUAAAACGUUCACUCAUGACUAUGGCAAAGAAGCUUAUAUUUUUCUUUCACAGUGGAAGAAAGACAAGGAACUUUCUGACGCUGAAAUAGCAGAGCAGGCAGCGAAUGGAAUAAUUACCGAAGGAAAGAAACUAGGUCGACAUUAUGAGUCACAAGGUCUAGCUGGCCAAAUAAUAGCCAUAGAUGAAUACUCUGCUGGUGAUUCGCAUUCUUCACCAGCUGUAUCAUCAUUGAGUGAGUUCUUGGUCAUCUCGUCGUCGUCGGAUGAAUAUUGCUGUGACGACAGUGAAAUCUCAUCUUGUGGCAUGAAGAAUGAUAAAAAUGAACAACAUUUUUCACCACAUAAAGAUGCACAGUAUGCACCAAAUGGUGAUCAACGAUCAUUUUUGAGUUUAUUAAUUUAUUUAACAGAUGAUUUUGAAAAUGGUGAGACAUGUUUAUACUUUCCUAAAGUAGCACUAUCAAAUACGGACAUUAAAGGACUUACAAUAAAAGAAGAAAUCAAUGCUUAUGGUGGACUGGAAACUGGAUAUGAAUCAAUUACGAUUAAACCAAAAACUGGCGCGGCUAUUGCAUUUACACAUAAUUUACUACAUGAAGCGUUACCUCGUGAACGUCGAUUGAAUGAUAAACCAUUAGGUUUUGCUGUUAUGUCUGAAGAGCAUGAUUAUUUAGCAUGUUUAAAUUAUUUUUGUGAAGCACAACAAUGGGAGUUAAAUUAUGUUGAUGACGACGAAAAUGACGACGGCGCCAACGAUGGUAAUCUCUAAAAAAUAGCGUAGAUAAGAAAACCCUUUUGGUCGUUUAGAAGCAACAAAAACCGAUACUGUUUUUUCAGACCAAAAAACCGGUAAUCGAUCCGAUUAAAUUUUCAAUCGGCCGACAUUCACCGAUUUAUUUUUUGAAAAAAAAAUUUUUCGAAUGUUUUUUCGUCAAAACAAACGUGAAAAACAUAAAAAUAAUUUCUAAUUGAAGCUGUAGUCAGUACAAAACUUUAACCUUGUACUACUUUUCGAUGAAACGGGAGUCCAUCAUUUUACUUCGAAAAAUCAACGAUUUUUACUGAUUUCAUGCUGGUUUCUGAUAAACGGCUUAUCCGAUCCGAUCCAAAGUUUUAAUCAACCGAUUCGAUUCUAAUUUUUGCAAUCGGUUACAACUCUGCACUUAACUACUGCGCUAUUAGUCAUAUUUUUGAGCCUAUUUUUAUUUUUUAAUUCUCCAAUUAAAUUUUCAAAAGUUUUUCUCAACAAUAUUUUUCCGUUCCGAACAUGUCCAAACGUGUCCAAGUAAGUGGUACUUGCAACAAAUUUCGUAAAGUCCGAAAUAACUUUAUAAUUUUUCCUUAGAAUUGAUCAUUCCUUUAUACUCUGCUAGUGACGAAACAAACCCGUGAAUGAGAAUAAUACACACGAUAAAAAUACGACACUUUACAACUGUCGUUUGAUUUUUUCUUGUGGCAAUGUUUGCAUUCUUUUUUGACUUAAUUUAAGACCGAUAGGCAAUGGUUAGCAAAACAGCAGUUUUUGGUUCCGCCUGUUUUACGAUGAGCGGCUGCAACUCUGUGAGCUUUCAGCCAAUUGAGCUGAAAAUUUCAAUAUAGAUUUCGAAUACAACUCUCAUUAUGAUAAAGUCGUGAAAAAAAUCCAAAUUUUUUCAGAGCCACUUAGAUUUCUGAAGGAUCUAUGGAAGCCCAACGAUUUUUUUUGAGAAAAAGCUCUUUUCUAACAUUUUCAUUAUGCGAAGCACUGUGUUCGAAACCUGUAGUGAAACUUUCAACUCAAUUGGCUAAAGUCCACAGAGUUGCAGCCGCUCAGCGUAAAACAGGCGGAACCAAAAACUGGCUGUUUUGCUAACCAUUGCCUAUCGGUCUUAAAUUAAGUCAAAAAAGAAUGCAAACAUUGCCACAAGAAAAAAUCAAACGAC